AUUGCUUUUACUGAAAACCCCAUGUACAUUUACACUAGGCCUUUCUGUACAAAACUGAAGUAAAAUCAUUUACUAGUCUUUAUUCAUAUCACCCAAUAUAGAAGCCAGUUCUGUUGGUACAGAAGAUCAAUUCUGCCGGUAAUAUAUUGCUGUGUUGGCGAAACGUCCGAUAAGUGAAGAAAAAUGACUCCUGAAACUUCUGGAAUGGACAUCGACAUGAUACUUCGCCACUUGAAACCUUACGGGCGUCUUCAGAUCAUUCAAGUUCUCGUGGGCGGAAUCCUUUUUAAGUUCUUCGCAUCAAUGACAUUCGUCAGUACUGUAUUUAUAGGCUGGAUUCCGCCCCACCACUGCACCAUCCCAGCAAAUGCUACUCUGACCGAGACACUACCUGGAGAAUACAUAGAUGGGGUCUUCAUACCGGACAAUUGCCUCAUGUAUGACUCCCUGGACAGGAAUCGAACAGUCCCCUGCACGGAUGGGUGGACCUACCAAGCCGAUGGAUGGUGGACCAUAGUCACUCAGUGGGAUUUAGUGUGUGACCGUGAUUUCGUGAGUGACUUCUCCCAGUCACUCAACGCCGUAGGUUUGCUGUUUGGGUCUCUCAUCUUCGCCACGAUCUCUGACCUUUUCGGCAGGAAGAAAACAGUACUGGUUACAACACUACUGCUUUGCGUUUUCGGGGUCGGGACGGGUUUCACUCCCAAUGUUUACUGGUACUCGGCUAUGAGGGUGAUAGCAGGGGCUCUACUCACGGGCAUCGGUCUGUCUUCCUAUGUCUUAGUCACUGAAAUCUUCCCUGUAGCCCAAAGGUCUUUUGGCACUAACUUGAUAUGGAUAGUGGGGUUGUUAGGACAACUGUCCAUGACCUUGCUGGCAUAUUACAUCAAGGAUUGGCGUUACUUUCAAAUGGCCAUGAACGCACCAUUGAUAGCCAACAUCGCUGGAUUUUGGAUCUUUCACGAGACAAUCCCCUGGUUGCUGGCAAAGAAGCGCGGCAAGGAGGCAGCGCGUGUCUUCGGCCGGGUGGCAAAGUUCAACAAAGUGGCUGCUCCGCCGGAGAUAAUAAAAAAACUAGAAGCCGAAACUGGAGAGGGAGAAGAGCUUUCAGUUGCUGAGCAAUUGAAGGAAUUGUUGCCAUGUUGCAAGGCAGAGCAGUCGGAAGACGAGAUUGGGAUAAAGGUCAUUUUCCAGAAUACGAAACUUCGGAUGUUUACCAUUAUGAUAUGUGUUGCUUGGUUUAUGAACGUGUUUAUCUUUUACGGACUAACACUCAGCACUGCAUCCUUCCCAGGGAACCGGUUUGUCAACUACGCUCUCAGUAUACUGGUGGAGUUGCCUGCGUACUCUAGUUGCAUAUACAUAUUACGAAGGUUUGGGCGUCGGAUUCCACUCAUGGUCUUCUACAUCACUGCUGGUGUUAGUCUCUUUUUCACCGGGUUUGUCCCCGAUAAAACGGCCUCUGGGAUCGACUUGACUGGUUUGAUUAUAGCUCUCAACACGAUAGGGAAGUACUGCAUUUCAUCCGCAUUCAGUGGCAUCUAUCUCUAUACAGGAGAACUAUUCCCGACAAGGGUAAGGAAUCGGGCGAUGGGUCUUGCGUCAGCAGUCUCUCGCGUUGGUGCUGUUCUCGCACCGUUCUCAGUAUAUUUGAGUCGUUACUACAGCUGGUUGGUGGGAGUGAUAUUUGGAGUUCUCUCCAUCCUCACUUCCCUCCUCUUCAUCUCUCUACCAGAAACAGGUAACGCGUCCAUGCCGCAGACGAUGGAAGAGGUUGAAAGAAUGGCCGAGAAAAAAACCGAAGAGGAGUAAAAAAACCCACAAAAUGACGUCCAUGCAAAUCUUAAAGAAGACCUUCCACUGACUGAGGAUUCAGCGAAUGGGGUUGAUUCUCGAAUCGUUAAAUCUACAUGCUUUUAACUAAUACAUCGUGUUGCAAAACAGAAAACAGUAAUAGGAAAAAGAUCUCUCUGGACGUAUAUGUAACUUAUUUAUCGUGCAACACUUUUUACAUAUGCCUUAAUUAAAAACAAGAUUAGUAACUGAGGAACAACUCGAUAUUGGAGUUUAUUUGUUCAAAACCACCAAGUUUAUAUGUUUAUGAUCUAAGUGAGGAAGAAAAUUCGUAUUGAGUU